GUCAAAAUCCCGAGCUAUGAAGUGCAACUCCACUUACUGCUGGUUGAAUUCGAAUGGGGUCUAGUAUAGGGAAUCGUGUACAGCCCACUCACCGCGGGUAUUGCGGUCCGUAUGUAUGGAGCAUAUAAUGUCUUCCGAGGAACGUCGUUGUGGUAGGCAUUAGUAGUAUAAGUAUGCUUCAGUCUUUCCCAAGAACCACUCAACUCUAGUUCAUCCAAACCCGCUUCACACAAUGUCCACCUGGAACCCCCCUCAAGACUACCGCACCCGCCCCGUUACCAUUUUGGGCGGUGGCGUCCUUGGUCGCCGCAUAGCCUGCGUCUGGUCCUCCGCCGGCUACGCCACUCGUAUCUUCGACCCCAGCCCCGAUCAACGCCAAGCAGCAAUAACCUACAUCACCGAGAACGCGCCUGCCUACGCCGAACGCACCACAAUUCAACCAAACAAUGACAUCCAAGCCUUCGACAACUUGGAAAAUGCAGUCUCAACAACCUGGCUAGUCAUCGAAGCCGUUCCUGAGAAACUGGCCCUUAAGAUUGAUACAUUUGCCGAGCUAGCCACUCUCGCCCCAGCGGACUGUAUCCUGGCGUCGAAUUCGUCAUCCUACAAGACCUCUGAAAUGCUCGACAAGAUAUCCCCGGAGGCAGAAGCUCGGUCUCGAAUCCUAAACACGCACUACUAUAUGCCCCCCGGUAACAUGAUUGUCGAGCUCAUGACGAACGGACACACAAGUAGCAGUAUUUUCCCGUUCCUCGUUGAGCGGAGCAGAGAAGCAGCGUUGGUUCCGUAUGUUGCAAGAAAGGAGUCGACGGGGUUCAUUUUUAACCGUCUCUGGGCGGCCGUGAAGAGAGAGGCGUUGACGGUUCUGGCGGAGGGGGUUUCGGAGCCAGAAGAGAUCGAUGAUAUGUGGAGGAGGAUGUUUGUCGAGGGAGGUGUUGUACCUUGUGGGAUGAUGGAUGAUGUCGGUCUUGAUACGGUUGCGUUUAUCGAGGAGCAUUAUGUCAAGGAGAGGGGUCUUUCUGGGGAGAAGACUGUUGAUUUUUUGAAGGAGAAUUAUCUGGAAAAGGGGAAAUUGGGGUCGAAGUGUGAGAAGGGAGGUUUGUAUCCUCCUAAGCAAUAAGAAUGUUGUUUUUAUAAUAUUCUACUUAGUCUAUCGGUAUUAAUACGAUCACUGAUCAACCCAUAACUGUCCCCACGUUUCCCAAAAAUUGAAUGUAGACGCUUCAUCAACCAGCGCAUCGAUCAGGUCACUAGUCAUCUCGGUGUUCAUGUUCACAUCACCCCCAAAUGGAAUAUUCCCAGCUUGAACUUGCCCAUCAUCAUCACCAACACCUGCACCAGCAUCAACAGCCACCGGAACAGACGCAACAGGAGCGGUCACCGGCGCAG